AUGCCAACCGCCCUCGUCCUCAUCUACCCCUCUGUCAACACUCUCGACACCAACGGCCCCAUCGGCGUGCUCUUCCAAGGCGGCUUCUCCACCUUCAUAGCCGCCCGUGACGAACUCACCACCUCCCAGGAAAAUGUGACCCUCAAACGCGAUCUCUCCAUCGCCGAAGCCAAGGAGAGACUAACCGAGUAUGAUGUGCUUGUUGUUCCCGGGUCGCGACCGAACCAUAUCCUCCCGUUCAUCUCCUCAGACGGCCAUCUACACGAGUUGUUAGAGUUGAUAUCUGCGUUUGCGAAACUCGGCCCCAAACGUCCCGGGCCUUUGGGCGAGAGGGUUCUUCUGUCUAUUUGCAGCGGGUCGUAUCUUCUGGCGGCGGCAGGAGUCCUAGAUGGUCUCACAGCGACAUCACACCGGUUGGGGCUCGGAGCCCUGCGACAGCUAUGCGACGAGUACAAGAGUCGGACACCAGGGGCGAAAGGGACAGAGGUGGUGCCGGAGGGCCCAGCGGGCACUGUACACUAUGUCGAUGCAGGAAUGAACGAGUCUCAGGUGCACAUUGUCACGUCCGGGACCGUCACCAACGGCAUCGAUGCGGCCUUGUACCUCAUUUCGCUGCGGUCGGGGAGACCGGCCGCUGUGGAGGUGGCGGCGUUUAUAGGGUAUACAUGGCGGGAGAUGUGA